AUAUAUAAAUUUUGAUCUAGGGUUUCCGACUUCCUCAGUUUGUUUAGGAGGCAGAGUUAGUCAUGGGUAGAGGUCGUUGCCGCAUGGUAAUGUGUUGUGAACCCAAUGAGUUUACAGAACCCCGUCCAUACCGACCUCCCGCACUCAAACGUAUCCUCUUCCAACAAAAGAGAUUGGCCGGACUACGUGAAGGAUCUCAAGUCUCGUUGGAGAUCCAAUCAGAUAAGAGUCUGAAGGGAACUGAUCAGGAUCAGACCACUCUUGUCUCUGGAAUUGAUAUUCAGGAAAAGUCGUCGUCUGAUGUUGUUGCUAGCACCUCGAAGCCUCAGACGCCAUCAUCGAGUUUGGUCGGGAUGAAGAAAACACUAGGUUCUCAAGUCUCGUUGCUACGUUGUUCUGCCUGUAUGCAAAUAAUCCAGUCCGAUAAGAGUCUAAAGGGAUCUUCUGAUCAGGAUCAGACCACUCUUGUCUCCCAAAUUGAUAUUCAGGAUCAGACCACUCUUGUCUCCCAAAUUGAUAUUCAGGAAAAGUUGUCGUCUGAUAUCGUUAGUAACACCUCCAAGACUCAUCAAGGUAAGCAUCUCCGAUCAAGUUCAAAAAUACACAAGCCCAAAGCUCUUCUGAAGAAGAAGAAGAAGAAGAAAAAGAAGAAGAGCUCACGCAAAGCUGUAUCCACCACCUAAGUUACCAUCACUAUCUAUUUCCUCUCUUUUUUUUUUUUGUACCACGACUUAAGUUAUGUUGUGAAAUCCUUGUCAUGAUAAUGUGCCCGUUGUCUUUUAUCCUUGCAAAAUAAUUGCUAGUCAUUAAUUUGAUCA